ACAAAAGAGAAAGCUCUCACAGAUGCCAACACUGUUAGGGGUUGCAACACUAACAGCAGCAAUAUAAACUGGGCAGACACAGUAGAAGCCAGUAUGGCAACAGAAGAAACUACUACCACAACUAACAGAAACACCCCUCAAAGCAAGGAAAACAAAGGUACAAGCGAAACUCCAAACAAGAAGGCCAACAACGAAACACGUCGAGAAAAAACAACAGACGUAAACAAACAAACAGAAACAAAACACGUACUUCUUAGAGAAACAAGCUUGGCAUCACCAAAUACGGAUGAAUCUAAUUCACAAAUCAGCUUUAGCUCAAACAACCCAUACAAUGCAAAUAUGAUAGUUGACUCUCAAGAACCAUCUACAAGCAACAAAGUAAAAGAGACAAGUAUUACCGAUCAAAAACCAAAAUCUCAAGAAAUGACUCUAGACAAAACAAACUUAAUCAACGAAGCAAACCCUUCAGUAGUGCACUCGGAGGGAAGCACAGGAAAAGACAAUACAAACCUUACAUUAGCAGCAUCCCCAGCUCACAAAACCCCAGAAGCGAACGCUUCAAAAGAAACAGAAGAAGAAUUCACAUUAAUGUAA